AUGCCUUCGAAACAAAGAAAGAUAGCUAUGAUGGGUUACCGUUCAGUGGGUAAAUCUUCUUUAAUAAUACAAUUCGUGGAAGGCCAAUUUGUUGAUUCUUAUGACCCAACAAUAGAGAACACAUUCACCAAGUACAUUCGUUUGAAUUCGACGGAAUAUGAAGUUAAGCUAGUAGACACAGCCGGUCAGGAUGAAUACAGUAUAUUUCCACUUCAAUAUAGUAUGGAUUUUCAUGGCUAUGUAUUAGUCUACUCUAUUACAUCAAGCAAAAGUUUUCAAAUAGUCCAAAUCAUUUACGACAAAUUACUGGACAUGGUUGGCAAAAUUCAUGUCCCAAUAGUUUUAGUUGGAAAUAAAACAGAUCUUCAUUUAGAAAGAAAGAUAAGCACAGAGGAAGGUAAAAGAUUAGCUGAAAAAUGGAAAGCUGCAUUUGUUGAAACAAGUGCUAAAAGAAAUGAGUCUGUAACAGAUAUGUUCCAUGCAAUACUAUCAGAGAUUGAAAGAUCAGAUGGUCAUAUACCUGACAAGAAUGCAUGUGCAAUAUCCUAA